AUGCAAUCAAUGAAAUCUUAUUACAUAUUUUUAUUAAUAUUAUGUAACACGCUUUCGAAAAUCACAGAUGUAGAGAAAACUGAGUUUUGUGCGAAACUGACGUGUCAAAGUUCUGAAAACAACAGUGUUUGUGGCUUCCGCACUGAAGGAGAUGGUUUUAGAUUGAAGUUAUUUGAAAACGAAUGCGAGUUAUUGAAAUACGGAUGCAAUGUUGACGAGGAGAACGCUUACGGAUUAAUUAACAGAGAGUACUGCGAACAGUCAUUUGCAGCAGAUUUUAAUAAGAGGUCAGAUUAUCCCAAGCGUAAUGAGCAAAAACUCAAUAAUAUACUGCUUUACAAAGACAACGAAGGAAAUUGUAAACAUUUUCAUUGUAUACAAAAUAAUGCGAAAAACGUUUGUGGAAUUAGAAAAGAUGGUGUUGGAUACCGAGUAAGGUUUUUCAGGAGUAAAUGUGAGAUGAUGAAACAUAAUUGCGAAGAAGAUUUGCAAUUUACUGAAACUGAUAGUUUCAUUUGUGAAAGCGACAGUGUUUCGGACAAAGAUCAGUUGUCUAAUAAAAAGACUUUAAAUGAUAAAAACGUUAUUAAAAAUAAUGAAAAUAUCGACAAUAUUACCAAUUUGGUAGUAGUCAAUAGUAAUUUUCUUGGAAAUUACAGUGACAUAAAUGAUACUGUUGAUACAUUUUUUGCUGCAUCUCAUGUAUUUGAUUUGCCAAUGAAAGAAGUAUUUCCUUUAAACACUAGGCGGAGGUUGUUAAAGUAUGCGGGGCCGAUAAAAGUAUUUGUACCUUGGAUUGUAAAGCCUGACAAUAUAAGUGACGAUUAUUUGAGUAUUCCUACACUCUCUUCAUGCUACCACAAGUGUCCAUUUCGAUGUCCAGACACCUACGCUCCCGUCUGUGGAGUACCCGGCAUAGUGGCACGAGAGCCCUCCAUUAUGUUCCAAAAUCAUUGUUUCAUGGAUGUCGCUCAAUGUAAAAUGUUCUGGGAGAACAAAAGCGCUACAGCUCAUAGUUCAUCAUAUGUAGAAGCAUCAUUCCUCUUUUGCAUGGGAGAUGAGAUGAACGCCGUUUACAGAUUUUUACCAGCGAUAAGGACAUUGCAACACAUGGGGCGUUUGAAGAAGAAAGGAAAAUUCAGAUCUAAACUAAGAAACUUUAGACAUGUAAGCGACUUUAGAUCUGGACGGCCAAAGUUUAUGGGU